AUGGUAGCAACUGAACAGAAGGCAGUUAUCUUAGAAGAGAAAGGCAAGAUAGUAUUUGGGAAUCGACCAAUUCCAUCAAUUGAAGACCAGCAUUUUGUCAAGGUCCAGAUCAAGGCAACUGGUAUAUGUGGUUCAGAUGUUCAUUUCUGUACUCAUGGUGCAAUUGGGUCAUUUAUAGUGAAAGAACCAAUGGUUUUGGGCCACGAAUCAAGUGGUAUCGUUGUAGAGGUAGGUAGUGAAGUGACUAAAGUGGCAGUUGGUGAUAGAGUUGCAAUUGAACCAGGCUAUCCAAGCAGGUACUCUGAAGAAACUGUAUCCGGCCAUUAUAAUCUAUGUCCAGGAAUGAAGUUUGCAGCAACACCACCAGUAGAUGGAACUCUGUUGAAAUACUUUCAAGUACCAGAAGACUUUGUUUAUAAACUUCCAGAUGAUGUGACAUUUGAGGAAGGUGCAUUGGUUGAGCCCUUGGCUGUUGCUGUUCAUGCUGUUAAAUUGGCUGGAGUCAAAUUUGGCGAUAAAGUAGUAGUGUUUGGUGCAGGUCCAGUUGGUUUACUAGUUGGAUCUGUUUGCAAGGCAUUUGGAGCAACAGAAGUAGUUUCAAUAGAUGUCGUUGACAAGAAACUAGACAAAUCUCUUGAAAUGGGUUCCACUAUUGCUAUAAACAGCAAAGAUAUGGCAGAAGAGGCCCUUGCCCUCGAAAUUCAAAACGACCUAAACGGCCAACACCCAAAUAAAGUCAUUGAUUGUACAGGUGCAGAACCAUGUCUACGUUCAUCCAUCCUGGCUUGCAAACCUGGAGGUACUGUUGUUCAGGUAGGGAUGGGAACCACUAAUGCCUCAUUGCCAGUAUCAGAUAUCGUUAUCAAAGAACUAACUUUCAAAGGAUCGAUGAGAUAUUGCCAUGGAGACUACCAAGACGCAAUUCAACUACUAAAAUACAAGAAAGUGGACGUGAAGGCUAUCAUAACCCAUCGUUUCUCCUUCGAUGAUGCAAUUAAAGCUCUACAAUUUAAUAUCAGUCGUGAUCCAUCUAUAGUCAAAACUGUCAUCGCAGGACCAUAA